UGGGAAUCUUAGUUGGUAGGAAUGACACCCGGCAGCAACAACAACACACCCGGAGCACAGAACGAGGGAGUUGGGUCCACGGAGUCUAGCGCGGGGGUAGGUGGGGCCGAGGGUAAUGGAGGUCAUGGAGGAGGGGUCACGCUGAAGAAGGGACCCUGGACGGCGGUGGAGGACGCGAUUCUCACGGAGUACGUGAGGAAGCACGGGGAAGGGAACUGGAAUGCGGUGCAGAGGAACUCCGGGCUUGCUCGCUGCGGCAAGAGCUGCAGGCUCCGCUGGGCCAACCACCUCAGACCCAAUCUCAAGAAGGGUGCCUUCUCCCCCGAGGAGGAGAGGCUCAUUCUUCAGCUCCACGCUAAGUACGGCAACAAAUGGGCUCGCAUGGCUGCUAGGUUACCUGGACGAACAGACAACGAAAUCAAGAACUACUGGAACACCAGGGUGAAGCGGCGGCAGCGGCAAGGCCUCCCUCUCUACCCACCUGACAUCCAGCCAUCAUCCCAAUCCCAAUCCCAAUCCUAUUCCCAACCCACCACUCCAGCCUCCUCUACCCCUUCAGCCCCAUCCACACCCACUAACCCAAACAGUCCGAGCUUCCAUUUCCACUCCCACCACCAAUAUCCUUCUUUAACUCUCUCCCCCACCCCACCACCCCACUCUCCUUCUCACCAACCCCUUUCUCCACAGCCCUUCACCACCGGCACCUCUUUCCCUCUCUUUGACCCCACCACCACCUCCUCCUCCUCGUUCACCUUCCAGCGCCCCCCUCCGAUCCUAGGCACCCCUAUUCGCUUCAAGCGCUACCGUGACUCCACCGGGUUCUCACUGCCUAUUCCGUCAACAACACAGAGUAAUAAAGCUCCUCUGGGUCAGCUUGCAUUGACCCAGUUGCCUGAUAUGGCUUCCUUUCAGUUCCCAGUUACUUUUAGCCACAGUUCGCCGCAGUUUCCAAGGACGCAAUUAGAACUAGACCAAAUGGUGUCGCCGGUCUUUGCUUAUUCUGUGAAACAGGAGCUCCCUUCAAACCAAUUAUCAUCCCAUCCUUCUCAGGCCGAGAUGUCGGAGAUUACCAUCGAUACCAAGGUUAAUGCGGCUGCGAGUCAGGGCAGUGGCAAUGGGUUGUUGGAGGACUUGUUGGAGGAGGCUCAGGCAUUGGCAGCGUCAAGCCACGGUUUGAAGACACAGAGUUUUUUGGAAGAAAAGCGUGUGUUCGAGGGGUUCAAGCUGGGUUCUAGUUCUACUCAUUGCUCAUCUGGAGUGAAACCACAGGAAGAAUCAGGGGUUCUGAUCAACUCCAUGAAUGAAGACUUGUCGAAACUGUUCAAUGGUAUCCCUUCAAACAUGCAAGUCCCAGAUUGGUACAGUGAUAGUGGGGAAAUCUCCAAUGGCCAAUCUUCAGGUGUAACAGAUGAUAAUAUUGGGAUCGACAUGCAACAUAUAGCUUCAUUUUUUCCACUUGGUGCCACAACUGACCACAGUAGAACCCCCGACGCCUGCUCUUGGGACAACUUGCCUGGAAUUUGCUAAGAUGCAAGUGCAUAUAUGAG